CUGAAAUUCAGCAGCUUGUAAGCAUGGGCUUCCCCUCUGCCAUGGCCGCCCAAGCCUUGUCGGCCGGCGGCGGCGACCUCCUCAAAGCCACCGAUUGGCUCCUCAAUCCUCCUCCCAACCACUCUCCGCCGCCGUCCAACUCCACCCCUCCAAAUAUCCAACCCAAAAUCAACCAAUUUUUCCACCUCCACACCAACAAAAAUCAAACCCACCAAGAACACGACAAUAUCGACGGAGACGAAGAUUCCCCUCCUCUUCUGCUCCAUCGAAAAAAGCGUCAGAAAUCAGCCGAAAUCUACGAAACCACCCAGAAACCCUCGGCGGCGCCGCCGCCUCACGCGCCGCUGUCCGAAAGAAUGCGGCCGCGCGUGCUGGACGAGGUAGUGGGCCAGGACCACCUCCUCGGAAAAGACUCCCUCCUCCGCUCCGCCAUCGCCUGCGGCCGCCUCCCCUCCUUCGUCCUCUGGGGCCCACCCGGCACCGGCAAAACCUCCAUCGCCAGAGCCAUCGCCAACUCCUCCCCCCUCCUCCGCUUCGUCCCCCUCUCCGCCGUCACCUCCGGCGUCAAAGACGUCCGCGACGCCGUCGACGCCGCCAGAAAAUCCAAAACAAAAAGAACCAUCCUCUUCAUCGACGAGUCCACCGCUUCACAAAUCCCAACAGAUUCCUUCCUCCCCGCCAUAGAAGACGGCAGCAUAAUCUUCUGGUUUCCGCCCUAG